UUCCGCCUUGGUGACUGAGCUUCAAGCUUUACAACAGCCGACCAAUCAGGCAACACAUGAAAUUCAUAGAGAUAUUUACUCCAUUCCUACCUAGCAAAAGAUUGACCUCGUCAAACAUCACACUUCACAAAUCAAAUCAUACAAAGAAGAUCGAGAAUAUGGUAAAGUCGCAGUAUGUCGGUCUUCUAUACAAAAUAAUGACCAUAUUAUAGGAAAACCCUCACGAGCAUCAGCAAAAUUUGCUACUAUCACGAAUCAUAACCAACGUAGUAAGUAUUAUUCAGGACGCCCAUAAUGGUAACAUACUAAUUCUCGUCCAGGAGAAGCUCAAUGAAGCAAUUAUGCUAUUAAACAAGAAUCUGCAGGUAUGAGUUGUCUAUCGGUCUCCUGUAUUUAGCUACUUUCAGCUGAAUCCAUAUUAGGAGAUUAAUAUCGCGAACACAAACGUUGUUUUAGUUGCAGAUAUGUUCAAGAACUAUCAAUCCAAUGUUCUCUUCCAUUUAGAAGGUAAUCAGUUCCUCCCAUCAAAAUAUUUAAGCUAAUUUAUUGAAAGCUACCGACAGUCUCAAGGAGCCGUCGUGAAAGUACUGAUGAGAAUUUCGCGGGAAGGGAGCAGGCGUUCUGUGGUGGAGGUUGAAUCUAAUAUGGUUAUUGGUUUAAUGAUUUAUUAGGAUGUAUUUGUGACUGAGAGAUAUUCGACGAAAUUUGGCGCUAUAGAUAAAGCAAUCGUGAUUUCUCCACAU